AUGGUGUUGCCUAAGGCCAUGCAGGACUUUCCGAUGAAUACUUCACAGCAUAACACUAUCAAGGGAGAUGAUGCUGGCCGAAUUUCUGAGAGCGAUGAGGGUGAAGAGGCUCGGGCAUGGUGGACAAAUGGAGGAGUGCCGUCAGUGAGCUCGUUCAGUCACAGCGAUCGCAUCGUGAAGGGCGAGAAAGAUGGACGCACGUGCAAAGAGGGGAAAGGUUUCCAGAAGAUGAAAGCAGAACACGAGAACUGGUGUAUUUACUUCCAUUGGUUUGACAGUGUUCAGGCACUCAGGGUUUCAGUGGCAAAGCUGGAGCAUUGA